GUGAGUGUAGACAUCGACUCCGUACCAGAGCUUCUGAGGAAUAUAUUUACACUAAAAACAAAGAAACAAGACAAAAGUAAAAUGGGUAUUCAUCACAAAGAGGCUUGUCAAAUCAGAAGAUCCUUUAAAGAAAAUAAGGCACAACUUAUGUAAUUGUAUCUGUACUGCAAAAAAAUUAUUAACCAAUGACGAAACAGCUCAACAACCAAGGAGACUGAAUAUUUAUAAGCUACAAAAGUGAAAAGACUUCAAAAGAAAUUUGCACCUUUGGAAUCAGCUUAUCAACCUCUUUGGAACACAGGAAAGGUCAUGACCCAGUUGCCAUGCGCAUCACCACGGUGACCAGCCUUUCUAGUCCCUCCCCCCUCCUCCUCUUAUUGGCUCAGCUGUUGUUGUGGGUCAUCCUCCCAGGCGAAGGGACAGUGGGAGCCGUCUCUACCUGUCCCGCUCCUUGCAGUUGUUCUAAUCAAGCGAGUCGAGUGAUCUGUACAAGACGAAACUUGGACGAGGUGCCCGAGAGUAUAUCAAACAACACACGAUACCUCAACCUACAGGAGAACUCGAUACAGGUGAUAAAAUCAGAUACAUUCAAACACUUAAGGCACCUGGAGAUCCUCCAGCUCUCCAAGAACCAAAUUCGUCAGAUAGAGGUGGGUGCUUUCAAUGGCCUCCCGAACCUCAACACUUUGGAACUGUUUGACAACCGCCUCACGCUGGUGCCAUCACAGGCUUUUGAGUACCUCAGCAAGCUGCGGGAGCUGUGGUUACGAAACAAUCCCAUUGAAACCUUACCAGGAUACGCCUUUCACCGUGUCCCCUCACUGCGGCGUCUUGACUUAGGUGAACUCAAGAAGCUGGAUUAUAUUUCUGACGCAGCUUUUGUUGGACUCAUCAACCUGCGCUACCUUAACUUGGGUAUGUGUGGCCUGAAGGACAUCCCUAACUUGACACCCCUGGUGCGACUAGAGGAGCUGGAGUUGUCUGGGAACCGUCUGGAAAUCAUCAGACCGGGAUCCUUCCAAGGCCUGGAAUCUUUGCGCAAACUGUGGCUCAUGCAUUCUCAAAUGUCUGUCAUUGAGCGCAAUGCCUUUGAUGAUCUCAAGAACCUAGAGGAGCUCAACCUAUCUCACAAUUCCCUGCACUCAUUGCCCCAUGAUCUUUUCACACCUCUUCAGAAGCUGGAGAGGGUGCACCUCAAUCAUAACCCAUGGGUGUGCAACUGCGAUGUGCUGUGGCUAAGCUGGUGGCUUAAAGAAACUGUACCGAGCAACACAACCUGCUGUGCACGGUGUCAUGCGCCACCCUACCUGAAGGGAAAAUACAUUGGAGAGCUGGACCAGAGCCAUUUCACAUGCUACGCCCCUGUCAUUGUGGAGCCACCCACUGACCUCAAUGUGACCGAGGGCAUGGCUGCUGAGCUCAAGUGUCGCACUGGUACCUCCAUGACCUCUGUCAACUGGAUCACCCCAAACGGAACCCUAAUGACCCAUGGCUCCUAUCGGGUCAGGAUUUCCGUGCUGCAUGAUGGCACACUGAAUUUCACCAACGUAACUCUGCGUGACACGGGCCAGUACACCUGCAUGGUGACCAACUCAGCAGGGAACACCACAGCAACUGCUGUUCUGAAUGUGACUGCAGCAGAUGUCAGCGUCAACUACACCUACUUCACCACGGUCACUGUGGAAACAGUGGAGACCACAGGAGAGGAAGAUUCCGCCUUGCGUACCAUCAACGCGACCUUUAUCCAUAUUCCCGGCCCUACACCUUCUGGGCACCUCUGGCAUGAUGUUAUCCCCACUACAGCCUCUUCUCUCUCGAUCCUCGGCUCAUCAUCCUCUCCCCGUGCAACCAAACCCACUUUCACCGUCCCCAUAUCUGAACCCAACUACCCCUCUGGGCUUGACGACGUGAUGAAGACCACCAAGAUUAUCAUUGGUUGCUUUGUGGCCAUCACCUUCAUGGCUGCAGUCAUGCUGGUGGUGUUCUACAAGCUGAGGAAACAGCACCAGUUGCACAAACACCAUGGGCCGGCACGAGCCAUUGAGAUCAUUAAUGUUGAAGAUGAGAUUGGAGCAGGAACAGGCCUUCGUGGCAGCGGCAUCUCAGGAGGUACCACGGUACCACAAGGAGGGUCCGGCGGAGGCAGUCAGAGCAUGCGGCUUCACCACCCAGAAAUUGUCAACCUUCCCAACCUUGCACGAGCAGAGCAUCUCAACCAUUACUACAAAGCCCAUCACUUUAACAAUAACAUGAUGGGUCUAGGCCUUGGUGGAGUUUCUGGAGGCCUAAACAAUAACAACAACCCUUCUCCUUGCUCCCAGGCCCAGACUACCUCCAUCUCUUGCACACAGGUGCCAGACUAUGCAGGUAGCAAACCAUGCUCCAUGCCUUCUUCGAUGCCCCUUCCAACCCUUGGCAUCCACGGGUCACUGAAAGGCCUGAUGGGCAAGGGACAGAACCCACAGAUUGAGCCAUUGCUCUUCAAGAGCGGCUCCAAGGAGAAUGUCCAAGAAACCCAGAUCUGAAAUUGCGGAAGAGAGAGAGGGAGAGAGAGAAUGGUAAAUGUUCAGAUUAAAGAUCGAGAAGGAGUAUCAGGGAGAAAGAAACAGAUUAAGAGUAUUGGCUGUUCAACCCAUAUGGGUAUGUUCUCAGGAGUAAUUACAAAGGUAUGCCCAGCAUUAUAUGAAAUAUUACCUACAAAAGAAAUCACUACAAAGUAAAUGCACUGGCAGAGAGUGGGGAGUCUCUAGAAGGCAACCAGUCAACCACACUGCAGUAGAGAUCACAGUCUUUGCCACAAUCUGAGCCACACAUAUUAAGGAUAUCAUUGAACAUCAGCAAACAAUAACACACUUGUUAGAACAAUAUGAAUCAAUACAUUACUUUUCAAUGCAGGAUUGAUAAGUAUGUGCCAAUCUUGCACCGAUCUGUGCCAAAGCAAAAUAUUUGCCCAUAAGCAUCACUACGCAUGUGUACAGACACAAUUUCCGAAGAUGAAAAGGUCAGUACACAUGGGGGUAUACAUCCCAUAUACAGAACUCCAUUAAUAAAGCAGAGAUGAUACAAAAAUCAAAACACAUCUAAGGCACCAUCAGAUAGGAAGUGUAUAUAAGAAUUCAUGAGCAGAACCUUAAAGUAUAUCCAAAUAAAUACAGACAUAAAUGGCUGAGAACGAAAGAUUACCUGUGCUAACGGUUUAGAGUGCAACAGAUAACAAAAUGGAUCAUUAAAAUUUUGUAGAGGUUCACAGUCCUACUCAAGGAAAAUGGAUUAAUAGACCAGCACUGUGUAGAGGACUUGUGUUUCAUGAUGAUGGACACAGUUUCUCCCCCCUUUCGCAAUGGCUCUCACAGCUGAGGAGAAAAUUAACCGAAUGAGCGAAAAGACAAUGAAAGAUAUACAAAUUUAAAGAGAAACUAUGAAAGUAUACAUUAUAUAUAAAUAUAUUUUCAUUCAGAGAAAUAAAUUAUGAAGAAUCUUUACAUUUUUCUGACUGAAAGAAUUUAGCAGCUGCUGUUGUAGCGCUUUGUCACUGAUAAAUCCUUUCUUUUUCUGCUUAAAAACACGUCAUAAACUGUUACACCCUCACUGGACAGAGGGAAAUGGUUGCAUAUAAGAAUUCUGGAAAUUGUAUUUGAUUUCAGAUUCUUUGGCUUUGUUUUUCAUACAAGUCUUAAAAGGUCCCUUUCUUGUUCUAUAAUUAACAGGGUCAUUGAGGAGAAGCAAUUUUAAUUCACAUUGUAAAUACACUACAGUAUGAAUCUGCAGGUGUUUGAGAUCCAAAUUGGGUCAGUAUCAGUUUCCGCCAUUAUUGACAGAAUCAUAAAGACAAUAAUGAUGUUACUAUGUAAUGCAGUGAAAAUAAGCUGUAAAGGUUGAGCUACAUGCUGCUAUUCUAGUAAAAUGGGAAGUAAUGAAAUCUGAUUUAAAAAAGAGGCUAGUGUUGAUAUUGCUUUACAAUUACUAUCAUCAUUAUUGAAAAGUUCCAAAAGCAUAGCAAAUUUAGUCAGUUUCUUUGUUUUUACCUUGAGGUGAUGUUUGUAUUUCAUUGUGUAGAAAGUGUCGCUACAGCUGAUAAUCCCCUCAGUUGGAAUAGCAGUGGAAGUACUGACACUGACAACUUUUUGCUUGAAGCACCAUGAAGCCGCAACUACAAUGACAAAAACUCCAAAAAAAGGAAAUGGAUGGGCCUUAAAAUGGCUCCUUCAAUGGCCUGUUUUUGAACAAGACAAAACUGGGACCCUGCCUUUUUUGCCAUGAUUCAGAACAGAACACAAACUCUGGUGAUCCCUGCAGGGGUGAAAUGGAUUAUAGUGAACACUGUGUCCAAACAUGUGGACGGAACUACUGUUUGAGCAGAGUUUCUGAAAGCAAAUGGAGGACAGCAUUUGAAAGGUAAGAGAACCCCACUCAGUGAGUGAGACUGGAGUUUGGAAAGCUUUUUUAAAAAUGAAAAUGGACAAAUAAAUGAAAAUUAUAGAAACUUAUAGAGCUCUUUUAAAAACAAACUAUUAUGAUAAUAAGUGUCUUUCAUUAUUCAUUUUUAUCUAGUUUCAUUUUGUUUGUUUGUUUUUUUCAAAAUCAAGUGUUAUCUUAAUUGUAAUAUUGUUAUUGUUAUUAUAAUUAGCUAAUAUUACACUCGUUAUAAUUAUAAAACAUUUUCUGUUAGCAGAAGUCACUACGAUAUAUAUAUAUAUAUAUAUAUACACACACACAGUAUAUGUAUGUCACACAAAAUGGCAACUGAAAUUGUGGAACUUUGUGUCAUUGAUUUGUUUUUGUCUUUUCUUUUCUCAUAUAUUUGAGGUAUCACUGUAUGUAACCCUUGGAGUUUAAAGCUUGGAGACAGUUCUAUUCAGAUACAGACAGAAUGUGAUGUGGCUGGUUGGUAGCGUCGUUCUCUGCUCAGAAGGAUAUGAGAGAGAGACCAGACUUCUUAUAUAGACUUGUUCUCAGAAUGUCGCCAAUUAUCAGUACCGAGAAGUGCGGCUGUGCCAUGUCAACACCCUGUUGCCACGGCAACACGCCUUCACACUAAUGUGCCAAACACUGUCAAAGCCAGGUUGCCAUCUUCAUGGGUCCCCGUGCCUGUGUUCGUCAAACCUCAUUACCCGUCAACACGUACAAAUAACCACAUACACGUUCACACCCAAACACGAUGCCACUUCCGUGUCAGUUGUCAUCCGACAUAUUAGCGCAGCCAUACUCUGGCGCUGCAUCCCAACAGGUUCCCAUGGUGAGGUUUCCCUGGCAACUGUUGCUGCUGCGACAGUCCUCAUCACGGCGUUCAGGUCUCAGAUGCAAAUGCAAGGACAGAGGCAAUAUAGGACACCAUUUACGAGGACAUAACUGUCUCGUUUACCCUACACAUUGUCAUCCAUGUUCUUAAAUCGCAAAUUAGCAUAUUCACAGCACUUAUACUGCACCUCAGCUCUGCAUAUCAAUAAAUCCCCUUGUCUGUGACAUCCAUGGACAUUGAGUCGCAGUUAGUGAGAUGUCCAUAUCUAAUACACCAUUGAUCUUCCAUAGGCACAUCCAUUAUCAUAUUUUCCCUCUCAUAUCCGUGAUUUGCAUAUGCUCAUUUGGUUCUCUAGUGAUUAACAUAAACAUCUGUUUGUGUGUGCGCGCAUAUGUGUGCACCAGACAGUAAUCGUAUUACAUUUAUGCUCAAGGCAUCUACUUUCUUUCCAAAGCAACUUAUAAGAAAGUGUUGCCAAGCAGAUUGGUAGUGGGCAAAGACUGUUAUAACAUAUCACAUAUCUCAUACUGAUCACUUGGGAUCUGAACCUAGCCUGCAAUCUCAGAUACAAAUGUUUUUAUAUAGAUUGUGAAAGCUGUGACAAAGGUAUAAAGACAGGCGCCCUCUCUCCCUCGUAGCACUGCAGUAUCUGAGUCACAGGGAUGAGAACCCGAAACACACACUCAUACACAUCGAGCCGGUGAGUCUCAGCUCUCUCAUAAACACACUUUGCAGAGAAAGACCCUGCCCACCUGCUGUUUAGAACUUAUGCAAAGAGCACCCUAGAAUGUGGUGUUGCGGGUUUGGCUUAACCAUGUGUCUGUGUGUGUGUAUGACAACUGCAACUGCAUAUGAAAAUGGCCAUUUCAGCUUUAGUAGGCUUAUUUGAAGACAUCCAUGUAUUUCAAUCAAUGUUAUCUCAUUGAUCUGUUUUUUCGUUGCCCUCUGUGUGUGCGUAAGAGAGUGUGUUUCUGUUGUUACUUUGUAACUUUAAAUGUGUGUAUGCUGUGUGUGUAUGUGGAAAGCAUGUGUGUUUCUGUGUGUGAGUUUACACAUGUGUUUUACAGUGUUAAAGGAAUAGUUUACCCAAAAAUGUAAAUUCUGUCAUCCAAACCUGUAAGACUUUCUUCUGUGGAACACAAAGGGUGUUAGGCAGUAUGUUAGCCACCAUUCGCUUUCAUUGCAUCUUUUCCAUACAGUGAAAAUGAAUGGUGACUGAGGAUGUCAUUCUGCUUAAUAACUGUUUUGUGUUCCAUGGAAGACAGUAAAUGAUGAAAGAAUUUUCAUUUUUAGGUGAACUAUCCCUUUAAGAAACAGAGGCUGUCAUGAGAGAAGGUGAGAGUCAGACAUCCAUUUUAAAUCCCCGGUUUAAAUCACUUUAGUAUAUUGUCCUAUGCUCCAGGCUUAUGCAUGAUCUUCUGAACAAGGCUCUCACCCAGAAUGAAGAAAAAGCAUAAUUUGGGAUUUCAUUUAGCUUUCCUUAUACUUCAAUCAAGAAGUCAGGGGCCAGCUUUGCCGAUUUGCAACUGUUAGAAACCGCAGGAGUUACUGCCCUGUUAGUAGCCGUGAUAAUUCUCAGAAAUGUAGAGACAUAAUGUUGGUCCCCUUUUUGUGGUGAAGUAACAGUCAUGCUCAGGCUUUGACAGACAAAUCUAGGGCAGCUCUUGCUUUUGGGCAUUGGGGGUAAAGAUCGUAUUCCAACAUUUUCUUCAAACAUUUUAAUUUUGGUUGUCUUUUGGUCCUUGAUUCAUCAGCAGUAGGUCUAUUGUGUUGGCAUAAUAUGGCCAAAUCUGAGCCACACAACAUGGUAAACAAUCAUUUUCUUAAUCUGUAUUUUUGUUUUGUUAAUAAAUAUAAAUAAUGUUAACAAGAUACUCAAGAUACAAAAUUGUGCAAGGAAGACUUAAAAUUCUGCCAUCAUUUACUCACAUUCUUGAGACUCAGUCACCAUUCACUUUCAUUGUAUUGUUUUUCCAUACAAUAAAGUGAAUGGUGACUGAGAGGAAAAAACUUCUGUGUUUGGAAAAACAUGAGGGUGAGUAAAUAAUGACAGAAAAUGUAUUUUUAGGUGAACAAAUCUGAUUUGAUUUGAAAUAAAGGUAAAAAAAAUUUUUUUUUUAAAACUGUUUGCCAGUGGGGGAAAAUAAAUGAAAUUAUAUAUUCCGGGUUCGAUACAAGUUAAGCUCAAUCGAAAUCAUGUGUGGCAUAAUGUUGAUUACCACAAAAAAUAGAUUUGACUCUUCCGUCUUUUCCUUAAAAAAAAAUAAAAAUUUGGGUUACAGUGAGCUACUUUCAAUGGAAGUGAAUGGGCCAAUCCGUAAAUGUUAAAAUGUGUAAAAAGUGUAGCCACAAGACGUAAACAAAAUGCGUGCUAACAUGAUUUUACUGUGAUAAAAUCGUAUACCAACCUUUUCUGUGAAAAGUUAUAUCCAAUUUUACAACUUUGUUGCCAUGAUGAUGUAGCGCCGUAAAAAAACAAACCUAAAACAGCCAUAAAAACAAUGAUUUAAUGAACGUUACUGCUCAAAUAAUACACAAGUUUUAACAGAAUGAAAGUGUUUUUCUAAAAUGAUAAACUUCACAUUUCUGCCUUUAUACCUUCCAAAAACUGGCCCCAUUUACUUCCAUUGUAAGUAACUCACUGUAACCCAGAUGUUUGCUUUUUUACAGAAAAGGAGGGACAAGUUGAAAAUCUUUUUUUUUUUUUUUGGUAAUCAAUAUUGUGCCUCAAAUGCUGUCAACUGAGCUUAACUUGUAUUGAACUAGGAAUAUUCCUUUAAUUUAAGACAUAUUCCCUGAAAUAUGCCUUAUUACGCAAUUUUGCAUCCCAAGUAAAUUUUUCUUGUUUUAAGGAUGUUUAGGUAUUUUUACUGGAAAACUAGACUAAAAAAACUGAUUAAGAAACUGCAGUUAACUGAGUAUAUGAAGACCUGGAGAAUCUUACACAGAUAACCAGCACCCACUCAUUCACACAGUUCAGGAGAGACUGCAUCUUUAGAAUAUCAGUUACAUCCAAUCCAAAAAUCAUACUUCAGCCCUGGUCCUGGUAGAGGCCUUAGUGAUGGUCGUUUUCUAAACCAGCUGCAAGGGAUUGUGUCAUUCUUCAUGAACAACACUGGUCCAUUGUAAUUGCCAGGGCUAGAGAGAACAGACAAAUCUUUGAUGACAGGGUGUGGAUGUAGCUGGUGUCCCUAACAUUACAAUUUUUACCACAGUUCCACAGCCUGUCACAGCGCUCUGACACUGACACUACCAAUUGUGAUCAUAGCUUUAAAAAAACAGCAUUGCACCACCAGUAUGACACAAUGCAUUAUUGUUUAUUUUUGAUUGUAUGGUGUCAGCCCAGGUCUAAACUUAACACUCACCAAGCACAAAAUGCAAAUAAAAAUUGGCUUUUUGCAAGUAAAUAGACUUUCACUUAAGCUGAAAAUGUACCUUCAGACGUUUAUUUAGGAUGCCCUCCAUGUGGUGACACAAAUGUCAAAUAUUUCUUGAACAAUCCGCUAAAACAAAAAUAUGUGUGACAAAAAUCCCGAUAUGUCUUUUUAUUUUUAUCACAGGUGCAGUGAGAGACAGACAGGUUGUCUCCUUUCUAAUGCUGCA